AUGUCAUUGACACUCCGGACCGAGCUCCAGGUGGAGCUUUUGACCGCUUUCUUAAAUACCCGUGGUCCGAGGGCGAUUCUUUCCUCAGACUCUUACCCUCUGGACCACAGUCCUGUCGUUAUAGAGCUUCUUUUUGGCACUCUCUCCGUGCCAGUCGCUUCUUUGUCACUGCGCUCAACACAAUGUUUAAACUACUAUCGUGGAUAUAUCUCAUGA